AGCCUUCCGUGGUGCAAACAUGGCCUCGGGAGCCGCCUGCCCGGCGGUGAAGAUUGGAAUAAUCGGUGGGACAGGCCUUGAUGAUCCAGAAAUUCUGGAAGGAAGGACUGAGAAAUACGUGGACACUCCGUUUGGCAAGCCAUCUGAUGCCUUGAUUUUGGGGAAGAUUAAAAACGUUGAUUGUGUACUUCUUGCAAGACACGGCAGACAGCACACCAUCAUGCCUUCAAAAGUCAACUACCAGGCGAACAUCUGGGCUUUAAAGGAAGAGGGCUGUACACACGUCAUCGUGACCACGGCUUGUGGGUCCUUGCGAGAGGAGAUCCAGCCUGGUGACAUGGUCAUCAUCGAUCAGUUCAUUGACAGGACAUCCCUAAGGCCUCAGACCUUCUAUGAUGGAAGUCAUUGCAGCGCCAGAGGAGUAUGCCAUAUCCCAAUGGCUGAACCAUUUUGCCCCAAAACGAGAGAGGUCCUCAUAGAAACAGCUAAGAAGCUUGGACUUCGAUGCCAUUCAAAGGGGACAAUAGUCACAAUUGAGGGGCCCCGGUUCAGCUCCCGGGCGGAGAGCUUUAUAUUCCGUACUUGGGGUGCGGACGUCAUCAAUAUGACCACGGUUCCAGAGGUGGUACUUGCUAAGGAGGCAGGGAUUUGUUAUGCCAGUGUUGCCAUGGCAACGGAUUACGAUUGUUGGAAGGAGCACGAGGAAGCGGUGUCAGUGGAUGGUGUUUUAAAGACCAUGAAAGAAAAUGCCAAUAAAGCCAAAAGUUUACUCCUGACUACCAUACCUCAAAUAGGGUCAAUGGAAUGGUCGGAAACACUCCGUAACCUAAAGAACAUGGCCCAGUUUUCCGUUUUACCACCAAGGCAUUAAAACAGCAUGGCUGCCGUAAGAAGACCUUCUACUUCCAGUCUUUGGGGGAUUUUGCUUAAACAAAAACGAGAAAGAUGCAGCCUUCAUGCCUUUGCCUGGAGAGAACAUGUGGUAAGAAACAGCGCACUGUUAGAGACUCCGCAAGAUCCCGACUCCUCCGUGACGCAGGAGGAGAGCCAACAGCCUGCAGAAAUGGAAGGGAACAAAGCCCAAGAUCCCAUCAGUCUCAUUUCUCCCUAUUAAUGAAGAGCGGUGAGAACAUCCACUUCCCUACGCUGCUAACGAAUGAAUGUGAGCUUGAAACUGGACUGUAUGAUGGCAAAUUGGCUCCAUCUUCCUGGAGGGCAGUUUGGUACAAUGCAUCUGUGGCUUACAAGUACUCAAUGCACUUUGGUAAUCUAGGAAUUUCUCUUUAAGAAAUUGUGGGAGAUUCAUUCAAAGAAUCAUCUGUAAAGAAGGAUAUUACCUGUCAUAGCAAAAUAUCUGGAUAUCAAAUAAGUUAGUCAUACCAUGUUUCUGUUAUAGUUAGGCUAUGGAGCAACCAAGUAUAGGUCAUGUUUUGUUUUGUUGUUGUUGUUGUUGUUGUUGUUGUUUUAAGUGAGUAUACUCAAAUAAUAAAGUUGUAAAAAUUAAACUGGACUUAGAGAACUUCGAAACUCUCCUGGUGGCGAAACAAAGAUGGCAAUAUAAAUGUACUGUGAAUGUGAUUCAAGAUAUAUAUGCCAAAUAACCCCCCCAAA